CUGAGUUUUGUAGUUUAUAAGCUUCGCUUGUGUCGAGGUUUUAGAAUCCAGGUACUGACCGUUUAUUUGACGCUCAGCCUAUUGUAAAGCCUCUGUUAAUGUCAUUUGGCCUUCUGUUGACAUCACGUGCCAUCAUGCCCACUUUCACGUGCGGGUCAGUCAGGGCCGGCGGAGAUCAUGCCUGAACCAGGCCAACUCCAGCGGUUGGACACCACAGUUACAUAUGCCUACUGGUCGAUCAUACGUUGCUCUUCCCUUUUUUCCAUUUUUUUAAGAGCCUCGUCUGACUUUUCUGCAAUGACGAUAAAUUGCCUCUAGCCUAGCAGUCGACCGUUUUAUACAGGAAAUUCUUUCUUCAACUGAUUGAUUAAUUCGACAUCAAACAAACAGAUACAGCGCGCUACUGUCGAAUCCCGGACGUACUUGACACAAACAAAGCUUUGAAUAUAGUGGUCUGGGAAAAAAGAAGAAAUGAAACUGACAUUUGCCGGACUCUUGUUGCAAAUCACCAUAACCCUUGCGCAACCCGAGAACACCCUUUUCAACCGGCAGACAAGCAUCGCCAGCAACACCACCGAAUGUAGCAACCCGCAGCCCAACGAAUGCUCAUUUUAUGCGCAAUGUCUACAAACCCGCUACAAUUGUAGCCCGAGCGACUAUCCGCUCGCCGACGGGCAAAAAUACUGUGAAAAAUUCCAAGCCGACGCCUCUGACCUAUCGAGCGCGGGCCAGAAGUGGAUGGAGACAGUCAUGCUCUGCUUGCAACGGGCCUUGGUACCGUACGCACUGGGUGGGAAUCAAUCCUUUGCAAGUUGCUCAGCUCUAAAUGACUAUGCGUUUGGUACGCAUCCGAAGUGUUAUGUGCAAAGUGGGUUGUGCACCUUGCCGCCUUCAGAUUGGGAGGCUAUUGUGUUUAAAAUUGUCGGCUUGAAUACUUUAUUUGGUAGUUGGGACGCUCUCAAGGCCACCGUCGAGACUGCAGUGGGUUGUGAGGAGUUUUAUUUAUGGGCGAUUGAGCAAAAAGUCUUUUGACCGAUCGAUCAAUCGAUUGUUUUCUGUCUCGCGGUCUCUGAUUUAGCGCCCGGGAAAUUUUGGGGGCGAGAGUGCAUUGAGGAAGAGUUUAUUUGAUCACUUACCUUGUAUAGAACUUGAAAUUGCAUGAGCGGUUGUUUAGAUGAGCGAUGUGGUUAAGACAAGCAACUGAGCCUCACCUGUCUAAGAUUAUUGUUAUUUAAUAUAAGCGUACGUAAUGCCUAAUGGGUGCUCCAACACGUCUUUCUUCACCGCGCGGGGUAGUCUAUGUGUAUUACAUCGAGGAUUAUCAAUCCCCCAAAAUCGAUUAAAUUGGAAUCCAGCAACAACAUAGGGCUUGGAGGAUUUGCAAAAGAUUAAUUUGUUACUUCGGUGAUACUUUGUCCGAAUCCCUGCUGAGUG